AGAGAGAGAGAGAGAGAGAGAGAGAGAGAGAGAGAGAGAGAGAGAUUCUUCAUCUACCAAAAGCAUAAAAAUUAAAAAUCCAUUUUCUUUUCAUUCAUAUAUAUAUCUCAGCUGUGUGUAUUGAGUAUUGAAUGGAGGCUGGAGUGAGUGAUAAUAAUAAUAAUAGAAAUGAGGAGAAGAAGUUGGAAUCAUGGCCGCCGUGGACGGCGGAGAGUGAGAUUAGAAUGAGAAAGUCAACGACGGCGCCGUUUCUGAUGAAGACUUACCGGAUGGUGGAGGAUCCAGGGACGGACGACGUGAUAUCGUGGAACAGCGACGGCACGGCGUUUGUGGUUUGGCAGACGGCGGAAUUUGCUAAAGAUAUUUUGCCAAAGCUCUUUAAGCAUUCCAAUUUCUCUAGCUUUGUUCGCCAACUUAAUACCUAUGGAUUUCGGAAAGUGACGACAAAAAGGUGGGAGUUUUGCAAUGAGAAAUUUCAAAAGGGUGAAAAGAAAAAGCUUUGUGAAAUACAAAGAAGAAAGAAAUGGUCGAACAAGCAACAACAUGGGGUAGAUGAAGAUCAAAGAUCCACCUCAUCAAACUCAUCAUCUUCACAGUACAAUACUCUGAUGGAUGAGAACAAGAGGUUGAAGAAGGAAAAUGGGGCCUUAAGUUCAGAACUUGCAAGCAUGAAAAACAAAUGCAAAGAGCUCUUUGAUUUGGUGGCUACGUAUGAAAAUAUUUCAAAGAAAGAUGAAGAUGAGAGGCCAAAGCUGUUUGGAGUAAGGUUGGAAGGAGAGAGAGAGGAAGAGAAAAAGGGGAGAAGAGAUUAGUGAAACUACAACUAUUUUGCUAUCUCAAUCAUGCAAAUGAAGGUCAAAGUGGAGAAAAUUGGCAAUAUUAUUAUUAUUCUUAAUAUUAUAGUUUAAAAAGGCCACUAAAAAGUAAUGUGGCUGAUAGAAUUAUUAAGCCGGACAAUAGUGCAUUAUGAAGAAGUAUACAUCUCGUGAAAAAAAAAAAAAAAGCUAAUAAAGAUGAAUGACUAAGAUGUAAAAAUGAUGGGCACAAGCUGCAUCUACCAAUUUAUAUGAUUGUAGUUAAAACUUCUUUCUAUAAAGGUUAAAAAAAAUAAUAUUAUCUUUAACAUUA